AUUUUUUGAUAGGUGGCAAGUGAUUUGCAAUUUGGUUAUGUGACGGCUCUUCCUGACAAAGAAUGUUAAAAAUACAAAAACUGUGUAUUGCAGCUACAACUACAGCAACAGCCCAACGUCAUGUCGCUCUCACAGCCGUUCGGUCCAUUGAUCAGAAGUGGCGUGCUAGUAGGGGACUUCCACAGAAUCCAAACGCGUUUGGACCACUUACCAAUCUACCAGACUACACGUUCCUUGACGGCAGACCGACGCCCUUGGGGUCUAAUCAGAAGAAGCGCCUGUUGAAGCAGCAGGAGAUUGCAACUAAAAUCGUGCAGCUAAGCGGCGAACUCGACUAUGCCAAGAAACGCCAUGAAACUCUAAAGGCGGCCGCCGACGCUGAGAGGCAACGCAUUAUCGAAAACAAGCUCAAACCAAAGGGUCAUCUGUUGUUGAAUAAAAAGUAGACGGUCGUUUUUGGAACAAGAACCACUGUUUGUAGUAAUUAUCAAUUAGUUUUUAAUAUACAGAGUUCAUACUGAACCAUAAUCACUAAUAAAUGAAUGCCUUACGUCUGCCGGCUUCCACUUUAA